CAAAAAACCAAGAAAGAAGAAGAAGAAAAGGGAGAAGAAGAAAAAGAAGGAAGGAAGGAUCGAAUAUAUCAAACAUCAAAACAAAGUAAGCUAGUUGCGUCGAGGUGCAGAAUGGAGAGAAAAACACAAGAGUUAGUUGCUUCGAGGAGUAGAAUAGAGAGGUCUAGAAAAAGAAAACAACUAUAUCAACUUGAUGGUUCUGAUUCAUCUGAUUCAUCUACCAGCAAAGAUGCUUAUAAGCCUAGACGUCGUAAAAUUGAGAAAAAUAGGAGUGGCGGUGAACAGAAGUACUGCCAUCAGUGCAAAAGAAAUGAUGGGUAUGUUGUGACCUGCAACAGAUGUGAGAGGAAACGAUAUUGCACUUCGUGUAUUUCAAAAAACUAUCCCCAGAUGAAUGAGGAGGAUUUUCUUAUGGAAUGUCCUUUCUGCCGAGACAUUUGCAAUUGCAAGAGUUGUUUGCGCUUGGAAUUGCCCGAAAAGAACGAAACAAGGAUGAGCGAAGGAGACAAAAAGAAUUACGCAAAGUAUCUCCUGCGACGGCUUCUUCCAUAUGUGAAACAAAUUAACGAAGAGCAAAGUUUGGAAAAAGAGAUGGAGGCACAAAUUCGAGGGUUGCCAUUUUCUGAGGUCAAAGUGCAGCAAGCAGACUGCUAUGUUAAUGAGCGUCUAAAUUGCAACUGGUGCGAAACUUCGAUUGCUGACUACCACCGGAGCUGCACAAAAUGUCCGUAUGAUCUAUGCAUCUCCUGUUGCCGGGACUUGCGUGCUGGCUCUUUGCAAGCAGGUCAUCCGGGAAGCAUGAAUCAAUAUAAGAACCCGGGGGUGGGGUACUUAUACAUGGUGAAACAUGUAAACCAGCUCGAAGCAAUAGAACUGUGGGCACAUCGACUGCAACAAAGGACGGUGGUUCCCGCGGGAAGGCAAAAUUACCUGAAUGGAGGCCUAACAAGGAUGGCAGCAUCUCUUGUCCACCGGAGAGUUUGGGUGGGUGUGGAAAAGGUAUUCUGA